UUUUUAGUCGUCAAUAAACGAACACUACCGACAACUAAUCAAUGAAGGUGUGUUUACGAUUAUUGUCGUUUCCUCAAAAUUAAAUGCUGGCCGUCGAAAUAAAUCCGUUGUGUUUUAUGUGUAAUGUUUGUGUGAAAUAUUUAAAACAUGUCCAAUUUAUAUUUGAAAGUGUGAAGUUCUAAUUACUCAUUUGUAAUUCGUGUAAAACGGUUAAAAUGUCAGUUCCCCAUAGCGGCGGUAUGUCCAAGUUAAAAAAGAAACAUUUCAGAGUGAAACAUCAAAAAGUAAAGCUUUUUAGAGCUAAUGAACCAUUGCUUUCGGUUUUUAUGUGGGGUGUUAAUCAUACAAUAAAUGAGCUAAUGCAUGUACCAGUUCCUGUAAUGUUGCUUCCUGAUGACUUUAGAGCUUACUCGAAAAUUAAAGUGGAUAAUCAUUUGUUUAACAAAGAAAACAUGCCAUCACAUUUCAAGGUAAAAGAAUAUUGCCCCAUGGUGUUUAGAAAUAUUAGGGAACGAUUUGGCGUUGAUGACUUGGAUUACAAAGAGUCGCUAACAAGAUCUCAACCCCUACCUGAUGAUAUGGCAGGAAAGAGUGGAGCAAAAUUUUACCAUAGUUAUGAUAAAUUAUUUGUAAUAAAGACACUGACUUCUGAAGAAGUAGAAAGAAUGCAUUCGUUUUUAAAACAUUACCAUCCAUAUAUUGUUGAAAGGCACGGUAAGACAUUGUUACCGCAGUAUUUGGGAAUGUAUAGAUUAACAGUAGAUGGAAUUGAACACUAUUUAGUUGUGACACGAAAUGUUUUCUCUAAUCAUCUCAGUGUCCAUAGGAAAUUCGAUUUAAAAGGCUCCACUGUUGAUAGGGAGGCAUCGGAUAAGGAAUUGGAAAAAGAUUUGCCAACACUUAAAGAUAAUGAUUUUGUAAACCAACAAAUGAAGGUUUAUAUUGGAGAAGAAGCGAAACAAAAGCUUCUCGAAACGUUGUCCGCUGACGUAGAAUUUUUGACAAAACUGCACUUGAUGGACUACAGUUUGUUAUUAGGUAUUCACGAGGUUGAGAGAGGCGAACAAGAACUGAGAGAGAGAGAAAAUGAGGCUGAAAACACUGGCUUAGACUCGGACGAGAGCGAAUCUGGAUCAGGCCUAGAAAACAGAAAUUUAGGCUUUAAUACUCCCCCCGAUUCACCAAACGCUGUCGUACAAUUCGUCAGAGAUCACAGUCUUCAGUAUGAAGGUCAUAUCAUACCCGAGUUGGACAUUUACGCUAUACCAAGCUGCGAUGCGGCCCCCGUGAAAGAGAUCUACUUCGUUGCCAUUAUAGACGUCUUGACCCAUUACGGGGUAAAGAAGCAGGCCGCGAAAGCCGCCAAAACCGUCAAAUACGGAUCGAACGUCGACGGAAUAAGUACCUGUGAUCCUGAUCAGUAUGCGAAGCGAUUUAUCGACUUCAUAACGAAAGCGAUCGAGUAAAUUUUUUCCAUUUCUUUUUUGGUACUACUUGUUAUUUUACUUUUUAUUAAUUACUUCUCUCGUCCCGCCAUCCCCGCGACCAACUCAGUCGGAGUCAAUCGUCAAUCUCUUCCAAUCUACUAACGAUUCUAUCAACUAAAUUAUCAAAGUAUCCAUUAAUUAGUUGUUUAAUUUUUGUGUUAGAUAAAAGGGAAGACAGAACACAGUAAUAAAUUUAAAUUCCUUCGGGACCUUUUGUCCUCGUCAUCUUGGAAUGUUCUUUUUUUUAUUAAAUACAUUGGUGUGCUCUAGUGUACCACUUCGCAAUAUUUACAGGCUGUGCCCCCGCUAGUUGUUCCGUAUUAUAUUCACUACUUUUUACGUAAUCUUUUUUAACGUUUCGGCCGUUUUACAUAAUUAACGAACGCUCAACAACUGUUCUAAUGAGUUUAUUUUUCUUUUUACAUUAAUUAAACGUAGCAUAAAAAUUAUAAGUAAUGGAAUCUACCAAUGAUGAAGUUCUUUCUUCAUUUGCUAUCUUCCACUAUUUAGAUAAGUUAAGUACACUAUGCACACGCUAAAACUUUUCUCUUAAUAUUUAACGAAACGUAUUUUAAAUUGGUAACUCUUAUCAAAACUCAAUUAAAAAGCCGAAGUAUUUUUAUGCCCCUGUUAAUUAAUUUAUUUAAUUCAAAGAUAUCAAGGGCUUCCAAUUAAAAAAAAACUAGGACAGUUAAAAAUACAUGUAUGCAUCUGUAGUAUUGAUAGAACAUAGAUAAAAAAAUACUUUUUUUGUUCAAAUAACAGCUUUUCAAUUCAUUUAUGAACUGUAGCAAAUAAUUUAACGUUUUUCUUUUCUGAUUUAUACAUUUUUCUUCGGUCUUUGGGAAACUAAAAAAAAAAAAUAAGAAUGUUUCAACUAGUAAUUUGUUAAGUUCUUGUAAUUUAUUUAAUUUUGGCCUAGACAGUCACUUUUAAGAACUGUGCACAGCUAGGUUGAACUAAUUAUUAAAUAAAUUACAUGUUGAAACAUUCUUGUCGUGUGUUUUCUUUAUUAAAUGUUUCAUCGAGAAUACACCUACGAUUUAGGUAUUAUUAAACAGAACAUGUUGAGCGUUCGAUAUAUUUUUAAUUCUAGGUAGCUGUAACGCACACUAGUAAUAAUAUCAGUAAAUCAUAAAGUUAUUUGGAAGUGUCCUCUUUAGUAAAAUGAAUUACUAUAUGCAGCAUAAGUAGGAGUUAGUUUGAAGACUCUAUAUUUGUACUACUAAUACUACUACUACUACUACUACUCUGAACACCACAAUUUGAAAUUGAACUCACUGUAAUAUGAAAAAAAAAAAAAAAAGAGGAAAG